AUGAACGACAGUAUCGCAGUGAUUACACCUCAAAGUAACGAAAAUUCCCAGUAUCAAGAUCAAAGCCAGCCUGUCCCAUCGAAUAUCACGCAGAAUAAUGAGACGAAUUCUCAACAACAGAGCUUGUCCGGGAACGACAAGUCAUACUUCCUGGGCGACUCAAGCAGCUUAUCAUACAUCGUCGAGAUGAUAUGUAGUCCAAGAGGAGGCGUCAGUGAGCCCGUCAAAGUCCACUAUCCCAUACCAGCAUCAAUAGCAGACCGCGCAAUUAUCCCAACACGACCGCAAGUGGAACCACUGAGCGUACAAGAUGCACUGACGAUGCCACCAAAAGAAAUAUCCGACCGUCUUGUGUAUACCUUUUUCGAGAUCAUCCAUCCGCCUUAUCCGGUGAUAGACAGGCGCGCCUUUUCUGAGCUGUACAGACAGGGCAAAGCAUCGCCUAUGCUUUUGCACGCGAUGUUCCUUGUUACCUUCAUUCUUUGCGAUGAGAGUCUUAUACAGGCUGCUGGAUUCAGUGAUCGGACUGCUGCUCGCAAACAUCAUUAUCUUCGGGCGAAAACAUUGUAUGAUGUUGAUCACGAGACUGACAGGAAUGUCCUCACAGCAGCGAUCUUCCUCUUGGGAUUUUGGUGGAAUGGGCCGGAUGAUCAGAAGGAUUCGUGGUUCUGGCUUGGAUGUGCGACGUCUUGUGCUCAGUCUUUGGGGAUGUAUCGAUCGACGGUAGCAUCAAGGCUGAGUCCCGAGAAAAGAGCGCUGCGGAAACGAAUAUGGUGGUCUAUAUAUACUCGCGACCGACAUACCGCCGCAUGCCUCGGCAAGCCAUGCAGAAUCAGGGACGAAGACUGCGACAUCGAACCUCUGACCGAAGAAGACUUUUACUUUGACGACGAUCACAACGAUCCCCUAAUAACCCGACAAGAAGAAUACCAUACGGCUCUCGCAAUAGAGAUGACGAAAGCCGCAGAGAUCCUCGGAGACAUCGUAAUUGCAGAAUACAGUCCUCGACGACCUGACUUAGAACAAUACAAACCAGAACGCCUGAAACAAAGACUUGAACAGUGGGAAGCGCAGUUGCCCAAAUGCAUGCAGAGGGCGCCGCUUGACGAGACACUGGGUCCAGCGUUCUGGGCAACCCAGUUGCACAUGGCGUACCAUGUCCCCGCCGUCUUCGGUGCCCUCUCCAUCCACACCCUCGUCAUCUGCCGCAAGGACCCCAUCCGACGCCAACUCGCCGGCAACAAAUCACGGCAAUGCAUCCUCGCCCUAAGCGAACUUGCAAAGCACUGGCCCGUAGGACUAUGGAUCAUGAGAUUCUUCGGCAACCUCAUGCGAAGACUCACAGGUCAAGGAUCGGCUGUCUCAGCGGGUUCAAUAGUUGACGUGACGUCGCGCAUUGCAAACUGUAACCGCAAUGAAGACUCUACGUUGAAUACCUCUGCGGAAGUCAGUAGGGCAACGUCUCAGACUUUGGCGGAGAAUGGCGGUCCGUUCACUGACGCGACGAAUGCGCAAGUCGCUGGUGCUGUGAUAGAGACGAAUGAUCUGUUCCAGCAGCCGGCAGAUCAGUUCGGGUUUGAUAACUUUUGGGCGGAGAAUACUAUUGAUGUUGAUCUCCUGCUUCAGCAUGGUUUAUGUCCAUUGCUGCCAGGCAACUUUGGUACUUUCCCACCAAUGGCAGAUUCACAAGGUUUUUAG